AUGAGUAAGGAACUGUCUUUAAGUCAGUCUGCUCAAUAUGUUGGGCCAUAUCGACUGGAAAAAACGCUGGGGAAGGGACAGACAGGACUGGUCAAGCUCGGGAUCCAUUGUAUUACGGGUCAGAAGGUAGCGAUCAAAAUAGUCAACAGAGAGAAGCUGUCUGAGUCAGUGUUGAUGAAGGUUGAGAGGGAGAUUGCCAUUCUGAAACUGAUUGAGCAUCCGCAUGUGUUGAAGCUGCAUGAUGUUUACGAGAAUAACAAAUAUCUAUACCUGGUGUUGGAGCAUGUGUCAGGAGGAGAGCUGUUUGACUACCUGGUAAAGAAGGGCCGGUUAACUCCGAAAGAGGCCCGGAAGUUCUUUAGGCAGAUCAUCUCUGCUUUGGAUUUCUGCCACAGUCACUCCAUCUGUCACAGAGACCUGAAGCCUGAGAACCUGCUGCUGGAUGAGAAAAACAACAUCCGUAUCGCUGACUUUGGCAUGGCCUCCCUACAGGUGGGAGACAGUCUGUUAGAGACCAGCUGUGGAUCACCACAUUACGCUUGCCCUGAAGUCAUACGGGGGGAGAAAUAUGAUGGACGGAGAGCAGAUGUUUGGAGCUGUGGGGUCAUCCUCUUUGCUCUACUGGUGGGUGCCCUGCCAUUUGACCAUGACAAUUUACGCCAGCUCCUGGAGAAAGUGAAGAGCGGGGUGUUCCACAUGCCACACUUCAUCCCCCCGGACUGCCAGUCCCUGCUUAAGGGCAUGAUCGAGGUCAACCCUGAAAAGAGGCUCACGCUAGAGACCAUCCAGAAACACGCCUGGUAUCUGGGUGGUCGUAAUGAGCCGUGUCCUGAGCAGCCUCCUCCCAGGAGAGUGUGUGUGAGGCGAAUCUUGUCCCUGACUGAGCUGGACCCAGAUGUGUUGGACAGCAUGCACUCGCUGGGCUGUUUCAGAGACAGAGUCAAGCUCACACGUGAUUUGCAAUGUGAAGAAGAAAACCAGGAGAAGAUGAUCUAUUACCUACUGCUGGACAGGAAAGAGCGCUACCCCAGCUAUGAGGAUGAGGACUUGCCUCCGCGCAAUGACGUAGCAGACCCUCCUCGAAAGCGGGUUGACUCUCCAAUGCUGACGCGCCACGGACGCUGCCGCCCCGAGAGGAAGAGCCUGGAGGUGUUGAGUGUUACUGAACAGGGGUCUCCUACCCCACCUCGCAGGGCCCUGGACACAGCUGCACACAGCCAGAGGUCUCGCUCAGUCAGUGGAGCAUCGACCGGUCUUUCCUCCAGCCCUCUCAGCAGUCCCAGGGAGCCCAAACAGGGAAGCACCACCACUCCUCGCUCAGCACGGGCUCAUGACAAGCCCAAAGCUCCCCCCCAUCCAAAGACCCAGACCCUGCCUACCAAGGGACCUGCCGACCGACCCCAUCUGCAGCCCAUCAAAUCCCUGCCUCUGCACAACCCAUCCUCCCGCUCACCCUCCCCUUCUCCGCUCCUCUCACCUAUCAACCGUUUCUUGUUCCCUUCUUCCUCUGUCCUAAAGUCAGUGACUAAGAGCUUCUACCCAAACUCUGCCCACUCUGUGCCGCAGGUCACUCCCCAGGGCUCUCCAUUGCCCACACCCUUGGGCACCCCUGUACACCACCCUCACCACCCCUCCUCCACCCCGCCCUCCUCUUCCUCAUCCUCGUCCUCCUCGCGGGCGGAGGGAGGGGGAGGGGUGGGCUCAUUGUCGCUGACACCGCCCUCCAGCCCAGGUGGAGGAAGUGGCAUGGCAGCCAGCAGCUCUGCCCACUGGAGGACUCGUCUCAACUCUUUCAAAAAUAAUCUGCUGGGCUCACCCAGAUUCCAUCGCCGUAAACUGCAAGUUCCCACAUCAGAAGACAUGUCUAGUCUAACACCAGAGUCCAGCCCUGAGCUGGCGAAGAAGUCGUGGUUUGGAAACUUCAUUGGCCUGGAGAAAGAGGAGCAGAUCUUUGUGGUGAUCAGAGACAAACCUCUGAGUUCUGUCAAAGCUGACAUUGUCCACGCCUUCCUGUCUAUCCCAUCACUCAGUCACAGCGUCCUCUCCCAGACCAGCUUCCGGGCCGAGUACAAGUCCUCCGGCGGCCCCUCCGUCUUCCAGAAGCCCGUCAAGUUCCAGGUGGACAUUGCCUUCUCCGAGGGCGAGAGGGAGCGGGACAGGGAGAGGACCGAGAGGGAGGGAAGGAGGGAGACGGGGAUCUACAGCGUGACAUUCACCCUCAUAUCAGGUCCAAGUCGCAGGUUCAGACGAGUGGUGGAAACGAUUCAAGCCCAGCUUCUCAGCUCCCAUGAUCAACCCAUGGUGCAAGCCCUAUCUGAUGAGAAGAACGGCCGGCCCCAUGGGACCCCCACCCGCCAAAACUCGAGGCGCUCGGAGGGUGGGGGCGACAGGUGCGAGUGGGGCGACCGAGCAGAUGGUGGAGGCAUAGGAGGCAGUGGGGGAGUUCUGCAGCGCAGAGGCUCGGCGAAAGAGAGAACCCGACUGCUGUCCUCCAAUGGAACCCAAUCUCAACCAUAGGAUAGAUAGUGAGACCACGCAGCAGGAUGCCUGAACUACACCGGAAAGAAGACAGUAUAACUUCAUCUCCAAGUAUCCCUGCAAGCCAUGAGCUAUUCCUAUUCUUCCUUGACUAAGUUAUUGAAGGUGCUUGACCAUAGCAAGGAUUGAG